AUGGUCCAACUCGCCCACAUUUUCAAAAAGGAUAAGGACAAGGAGAAACAAACCACCGAAAGCAAAGAGAAAGUCCAGGACAGAAAAGAAAAAGAGAGGAAGAAGGACGAGCCCGACAGUCCCGCCUCUUCUCCCCGAACGUCCUUCUCCACCGCGCGCAAGUCGCCCUCCAAACCUUCCAAACCUUCGCCCUCUAAGUCCCCCACCAAGAACCGCUUCACUCACAGUCGGUCUUCCUCCUCCACCUCUAUCCCGACUGCCCCCUUUCGGUUCGGCAAGUCCUCAAAAGAGAAAGAAUCUCACCCACUCAAUCUCCCGCCCGACGAGCUGCGCCGUCGACUGUCGGCCAUGGCGGCAUCCCGAGAAGACCAGCGGAGUUCCAUGGACAUCGAUCCUCAGGAGGCUCAGCUGAAGAACGGUGUCAACGGCACCGAGGAACGGAGUCCUACCCCGCCUCCGCACCGGUCAAACUCUUCCUCCACGGAUGAGGCCGACAACUUCAAGUUGGCCGGUAACAAAUUCUUCAAGGAUGGCGACUACCGUCGCGCCAUCGAGGAGUACAACAAGGCGAUCGAGAUUAACCCGAACUCGUCGGCCUACCUGUCCAACCGCGCGGCAGCCAACAUCUCCGCCAAGCAAUAUCUCAAUGCGCUCGAGGACAUCGAGCGUGCCAACGCCCUCGAUCCCGAAAACCCGAAGAUUUUCCACCGCUGGGCUAAGAUCCUGACGAGCCUGGGUCGGCCGAACGAGGCGCUGGAGGUGCUGUCACGUGUGGAUCCCCCGGCGACUGCGACCGACCGUGCGGCAGCGGAGAAGAUGCAGCGCUUCAUCUCACAGGCCGAGCAAACCCUGGCCGAAGAUCGGGGUGGCUCGAUGGCCGUUUUCUGCCUGGACCAGGCCCGGCAAGGACUGGGCGGUGGUGUGAAGGAGCCGCGCAAGUGGACCCUGAUGGCCGCGGAAGCGCAGCUGAAGAUGAACAACAGCAACUCGCUGGGCAAGGCACAGGAUAUUGCGAUUGGUUUGCUCCGUGAGAACAGUCAGGACCCGGAUGCGAUGAUGAUCCGCGCGCGGGCGUUCUAUGCCUCCGGUGAGACGGAACAGGCGCUGAAGCUCCUGAAGAUGUGUCUCGGGCUGGACCCGGAUAUGAAGGCGGCUAUCAAGCUGCUGCGCAUUGUUCAGAAGCUCAGCCGUACUAAGGAAGAGGGUAACGCUGCGUUCAAGGCCAAGGACUACCAGCGAGCGAUUGAUCUCUACGGCCAGGCUCUGGAGGUCGAUCCCACCAACAAGGACAUGAACGCCAAGAUCCUGGGUAACCGUGCCCAGGCCUACUCCAACAUGAAGCAAUGGGAGUCGGCCGUUGCGGACUGCACUGAAGCCCUGCGUCUGGAUCCCUCAUACCUAAAGGCCUACAAGACCCGCGCCAAGGCGCAUGCGGGCGCUGAUAACUGGGAGGAGGCUAUCCGCGAUUAUAAGAGCGUUGCUGAGAACAACCCGUCCGAGCCGCGCAUCGCGGAGGACAUCCGCAAGGCCGAGUUCGAGCUGAAGAAGUCCCAGCGCAAGGACUACUACAAGAUCCUUGGGGUUGGCAAGGACGCCAGCGAGCAUGAGAUCAAGAAGGCCUACCGCAAGAUGGCUAUCCAGUACCACCCGGACAAGAACCGCGAUGGCGAGGCCGGCGACGAGAAGUUCAAGGAGAUCGGCGAGGCCUACGAGACUCUGAUCGAUUCUCAGAAGCGCGCCGCUUACGAUAACGGAGACGAUCUGAUGGACCCGUCCGACAUGUUUGGCGGCGGUGGCUUCGGCGGCAUGGGCGGCAUGGGUGGAAUGGGCGGAAUGGGAGGAGGUAUGGGCGGCAUGGGAGGUAUGGGCGGUUCGCAUAUCAACAUCGACCCCAACAUCCUCUUCAACAUGAUGAACGGCGGCGGCGGCGGCGGCGGCGGUUUCGCCUCAGCAGGCGGCCACCCCUUCGCCGGCCAGUCUCGCGGUGGCGGCGGAUUCCCCGGCGGCUUCCCCUUCUAG